CCGUGUUAAAAGCUGUGGAGUUUUUAUAUUCUUGAUUUUACAUACGUAAAUUCAGCAUUGUGAGCGCAACGUAUUUAAAUUUAUUCAAAAAUAUUUUACUAGCCAUUUCAGACAAUCUAUCGAUAGUCUAUGCAUCGACGCUGCGACGAAAAACGUAGAGACAGUGAGCCAGAAAAAAGACGCCGAAGCCAAUUUUCAGUUUUUCGGAGGGAUUUAGUAGUGUACUUGCCAUUUGCAAAAACGCAAAUUUGCAGCUCGAGCAUAUAAAAAUACGAAGGCGAGUGCACAGGAGAGCGAAGAACGUAAAGAUAGUGAGCAGAAAAAGACGCCGACGCCAAUUUUCGUUUUUCGGAGGGAUUUAGUAACGUGCCUGGCAAUUGCAAAAAAUAUUUCUUGUAUUUUGGCACAGCGCAAAUCAGCGAAGUGAGCAUCCACAAAUAAGAAAGCGAAUGCAAAGAGCGUGGAAAGAAAACGGAAAUUGUUUGCGAAAUAAACAGAAUCAAUUGCAGCCAAAUCUAGAGCGCGAAUAAAAACAAACUAUAUUAACAAAUUGAAUAUGGAGGAGAUUGCAGUGACCAAAAAGCGCGGGCGCCCGGCCAAGGGAUCUGCGGGUGGCGCAGCUCCCACAGCGGGCAGUCCCGUCGAAAGCAACAUUCCAUUAAUACCCAAAAAGCGCGGUCGACCGCCCAAGGUUAAGGGUGGGCGUGGCAGGCCUCCAAAGUUAUCCGCUGCGGCUGCAAACAGUGACAUCGAGGAUUUGGAUCAGGAUGAGUUGGGUGAUGCCAAUGGUGAGCUGCCAAUGCACCCGUUAAAGGCCAAGGGACGCGGUCGUCCACGCAAGGCGCCCGUGCAGACGCUAGAGAACAGUGGCAACGACGAUGAAGAUAUGGAUUCGUCGGCCGAUGAGAAACCACCAGCAAAGCAACAAAAGUCGCCAUCAUCGGCCAAGCGUCGCAAACUGGGACGACCACGCAAGCAUCAACCCAGCGAGGAUGAUGAUGAAUACGAUGAAGAUGAUGACGAGGACCGUCGUCCUGUCGGUCGUCCUGCUGCUGGCUCAAUCAACUUGAAUAUUGUACGCACUGGUCGUGGUCAAGGACGCCCCAAAAAGAAUAAGUCAGGUGCGGCUGUAAAACGAUCAUCGCCAGCAGGUGAAUCGAAUGGCGAUGAUGCGCCUACAGCGCCUCGGAAGCGUGGACGUCCAUCACUGGCCAAUAAGCCAGCUCCGUAUGUGCCAUCAGGACGGCCGCGUGGACGUCCAAAAGCUCACCAAUCGCCCGUUAAGGCUGCUGCCAAUGACAUAGACGAUGAAGAUGACGAUGAUGAUCAGCAGCCGCAGAAUGUGUCGGAUGAUGAGGAAUCUGUGGAGCCAGAAGAGUCGACGGCAGUAUCAACCACGCCAAAGAAGCGCGGACGACCCUCAUUGGGAAACAACAAAAGCGCAUCAGGAGCCAAACCGCGUGGUCGACCUAAGCUCCAGAAAUCGCCAAACAAUCAACAGGACGAUGACGAUGACGACGAUCUGGACUCGGCUGGCGAUUUAGGUGACGAGUCCAAUGGCAAGGUGCCCAAGAAGCGUGGACGCAAGCCUCAAGGAGCAGCCGACGACAGUGGCGAUGCUGAUGAGGACAACGAAGACAGCAGCGGCGGCGGCGGAUUAAAUGAUGACGCCGGUGACGACGAUUCCGAUGAGCCGAGAAAGCAGACAAGCUUGAAUGAAUCGAAAUCCAAGCGCAAGGAACAACAUUCGUCAGAGAAUGGCGAUGGAGACAAUGCCAAUGAUUCCGUUGAGUGUGUUUCCGAUGAAGCAUCAUGGACUAAUGCUUAAUUUGAAUAGUAUUUAGGCAACAACACAGCACAUUUAUUAUUGGGACAUGCAAAAAUAAUGAAAUAACUAUAA